AUGGAAACAAAAAUAGACAAGGAAGAAGGUCCCGGAGAAGACACACAGAUUCUGCGAAAAAGAUAUAAUUCAGAAAAGGAUUUUAGCAGAUCGUUCGAGGCGUACGAACGGGGAGAAACGAAAUACGACGAAGAGGAUAAGCAUACUGCAUCCCUACUUCAUGGAUAUUCAUUUAAAAUAAAAAAAAAAAGUCCUGUUAAAAAUGGGAAGAACUAUUUAUGGUUAAAUAUGAAGGACAAGGCGAGACGGAGAUCCGAGUCGGAGUACCACAACUGCGUUCGCAGAAACAAUUCAAAACUUACUUGCUUCGUGAAAAAGUACAUGAAAUAUUUUUCUGACCUGAAGAGGAGAAGCUAUAAAACCAGUUCUUAUGGAAACAGUCCCAGCACUCGAGGUGGUUUCGCCAACCGUCUUGGAACGAUGAGAAAUAGCCCCAACUUUAUUCCUCAUAUGAAAAAAGGGCUGUCUGAUGAGAGUAAUUUCAACUUUCAAUCUGAGGAUUCUUUAUCAAAGGGGAAAAUACAUGGGGGAUCAUUUCUCUAUAAAGUGCUAAAUUUGCUUGCAAGUCCAUUUCGCUCUCUUCAGGAAAGGAACCGACUCAAUAAUGGCAAUGGUAGCAUCUGGAACGAAAUAACCCCCCUGCUGAUCUUCACAAACGCUUCGUCUGAAGAGGCAUUCAUGGACAAAUUUUACGCCUCCUUUCCCUUCAAAAUGUUUGUAUACUCAACGUUAAUGAUUUUAACCUCGUUGGUUAAUUUUUUCAUUUUGCAUUUUGGUGUGUUCAGUUUUAAGCAUACUGUGGGGAAAGGAGUAAUAUACCUGAACGUGUGUAAGCUACUCUUGGAUAUUUUUUAUUUCUCCUUUUUUGUCAUUUAUAUAUUUUUUUUCAGUUCGAAUUGCAUAGAGAGAGUGUCUCUUUAUUUUUACAACUCGUCCUACCUGUUUGCAUCACUUCGAGUUUUAUUUAAUCUUCUUCUGAUCCACAUUCUUCCUCCGUCUGUGGCUAUGAACGUGGCGGAGUCUACACGUGCAAUAUAUUUUAAUCCACCCCAGUGUGAGAAGGAGCAGAUACAGCAAGAGGAGCAAGUAGGUUUGUCCAGCGUACACUCGAUCGUCAUUUUCAUGAGCUGUACAUAUCUAUGCGUACUGUGCUCCUUAAAAAAUUACAUGAUCCUUUACCAUUUUGCGCUAAGCUUUAAAUUCUCCCUUUUUUGUAUCCUCUGUGUGUUUACUCUUUGUGUGUACUCCUACGGUUACCUGCACUUUCCUUACAACGAUGUGGUUGUCUUGUUUUGCUUCGCCCUGUUCGUGCUUGUAUUUUCCCUCUUCUAUGAGUAUGGAUUUGAGAAGAGAGACAGAGCUUCCUUCAUGGGAAGGCACGAAGGUGAAGAGAACAGGCAUGAGGGGAAUAACAGAAGCGAGGAUGAAAACACAGAAGGAGGAAAAAAUACAGACGAGGGAGGAAACACAGAAGAAGGAGAAAAUACGGAAGAAGGGGAAAACACGGACAGCGAAGAAAAUGCCUAUGAGGCAGACCGCAGGAAGAUGGCGCGGCAUUACAUGACCAAGUACUUCUCCAUCGACAACACCACACCCACUUCCCCCAUCGAAGAUAUUUUGAACAAUCUAAAAUACUUGCUGGAUCAUAUGAAGAAGCUGGAGGAAGAUGCCAAUGAAAAAAAAUUAUCAGAAAUAAGAAAAAUGAGAGAAAAAAUAAAAAUGUGUGAAAAUAUCCUUAGAACGCAAAAUCUAAACGAAGUACAAAUAUGCAAGUAUAGAAAAUUUGAGAGAGUUUACAACAUGUGGUGUAUGGAUAAAAUCGAAAAUAAUUAUUGCGAAAAAAACGAUGAAUGUAAAUUUUACUUAUCUCAAAGUCUUAAGAAGAAAACAUUUAAUUCAUUUUCAAAUAUUCAUUCAUUGUUAUCGUCCAAAUUUCAAGAACAGCACAACUAUUCCUUCGAAUGGAAAUCCGAUAUUGAACAUUUGUACAAGCGCAAUGUCUUCAUUUCCAUUGGAUAUAAGCUGCUGUAUCCGCUAGGUGUUUUAGAGGCGAGUUUCGACAAGGAGAAGCUGAAGAACUUCCUGUUGAAGAUGUACUCUCUGUACAACGAUGUGCCCUACCACAACAGCUUGCACGCCGCGCAGGUCGCGCACUUCAGCAAGAGCAUGCUGUUCCUCCUGGACAUCAAUCACAAGAUACCAGCCAUCGACGAGUUCUGCUUGCACGUCUCCUCCCUGUGCCACGACGUGGGCCAUCCGGGGCUGAACAACUACUUUUUAAUCAACUCUGAAAACAACAUAGCACUAACAUACAAUGACAACAGUGUGCUCGAAAAUUAUCAUUGCUCUAUCGUUUUCAAAACGUUGAAGGAAAAAAAUUGUAAUAUUUUCGAAAAUUAUCCAUACAACAUUUUUAUGACUUGCAAAAAAAAUAUCAUUAGGGCUAUCUUGUCAACAGACAUGAAAAACCAUUUCGAGUACAUCUCCAACUUUCGCACAUCCAAAGAAUUUAUCGACUUAGACAUUUUAACAAGUGAACAGAUAUGGCAAAUUUUCUCCCUCAUUUUGAAGGCAGCAGAUAUUGGGCAUGCAACAUUAGAUUGGAAUAAACAUUACGAAUGGACACUAAAAAUUAAUGAGGAGUUCUACCUACAGGGCUUGCUAGAAAAAUCGUUAAAUAUGCCUAACAGUUUUUUAUGUGAUAUAAAUUCUAUUGAUAAGUUAUCCAACUCGCAAAUUGGAUUCCUGAAGCAUUUGUGUAUUCCUCUUUUUAGUGAAUUAAAUUCCAUCUCGAAAAAUGAUGAAGUUUACAAUCACUGCAUUUGCUCCAUCGAGAAUAAUAUAGAGCAGUGGGAGAAGAGAAAAAAUAACCAAAAGAGUCUGGGACUGCACGACAAGUACAGAGAUGAAAAUUUAAUGGGCAGAAUUAAGCUGCUAAAAUUUGUGUGA